GAAAAAUAUAGAAGGAUUUCCGAAAUUUCUACUAAUGAUCGUCAGAAACAGAAGCAGCUAAAUUUAUAAAGCAUGGAGAAGGACGAGAAGGUGGUGAAAGAAGAUGGAGAAGUAAAUAAGCAGCGAGAGAAGGUCUGCAAGAGAUGCAAGGUCACGUUCACUCCCGACUCCAAUGCGUCUUCUUCCUGCCGAUUUCAUCCCGCAUUUUUCGUCUGUCGCCGUCACGAUGAUCAGAAGAGGUACUAUGAGUUAGGACCAGAUGACCCUCCUUAUGCUGCCAAGUUUUAUGACUGCUGUGGUGCUGAAAAUCCUGAGGCAACUGGGUGUAAAGUAGACUUCCAUAGUUCAUAUGAUGAUGACAUACAUGGAGCUUCAUAAUCUAUGUACUUUCUUCAGUCUUCACUGCAAGUUAGAAUGAUAUGCAAGUAAAUCAGUUCUUUUUAUGUGCAACUUGUUUGUAAUGUUUAAGGAGAAAAUGUGUAAACAGUAGGUCUGAUAUGUGAUAUUCCUAUUAAGAUUAC